GGGAGGCCGGCGGAGGUGCGGCGCGGCCCCGGGGCCGCAGCCUUCGCAGGCGCCCGCCGCCAGCCGCGCCUUCGCAGCGUACUCCAUGCAUCCGGAGCCUGCCCCGCCCCCGAACAACAGCAAUCCGGAGCUUCCCUUGAGCGGCGGCAGCAGCACUAGCGGCAGCCGCCGGAGCCGCCGCCGCAGCGGGGACGGGGAGCCCACGGGGGCCCCACCGCUGCCGCCGCCGCCCGCCGUCAGCUACCCGGACUGGAUCGGCCAGAGUUACUCCGAGGUGAUGAGCCUCAACGAGCACUCGAUGCAGGCGCUGUCCUGGCGCAAGCUCUACUUGAGCCGCGCCAAGCUCAAAGCCUCCAGCCGAACCUCCGCUCUGCUCUCCGGCUUCGCCAUGGUAGCGAUGGUGGAAGUCCAGCUGGACACGGAUCAUGACUACCCGCCAGGGUUACUCAUCGUCUUCAGCGCCUGCACCACAGUGCUGGUGGCCGUGCACCUGUUCGCCCUCAUGAUCAGUACCUGCAUCCUGCCCAACAUCGAGGCUGUGAGCAACGUCCACAACCUCAACUCCGUCAAGGAGUCGCCGCACGAGCGCAUGCACCGCCACAUCGAGCUGGCUUGGGCCUUCUCCACCGUCAUCGGGACGCUGCUUUUCCUGGCCGAAGUCGUGCUGCUCUGCUGGGUGAAGUUCUUACCGCUCAAGAGGCAGGCGGGACAGCCAAGCCCCACCAAGCCACCCACCGAACCGGCCGUCGUCGUCGCCAACAGCAGCAACAACGGUGGCAUCACCCCGGGUGAGGCGGCUGCCAUCGCCUCCACUGCCAUCAUGGUCCCCUGUGGCCUGGUGUUUAUCGUCUUUGCCGUUCACUUCUACCGCUCACUGGUCAGCCAUAAGACGGACCGACAGUUCCAGGAGCUCAACGAGCUGGCCGAGUUUGCCCGCUUGCAGGACCAGCUGGACCACAGAGGGGACCAUUCUCUAACACCGGGCACCCACUAUGCCUAAGUCCUCACCUUCCCACUGGCCCUUUGAGGCCUUGGCCUUAUGCCCUUCCCCAUGACCUUGUCCUGGCCCACUCUGGAGGACGGGCUCGUGCGGGCGGCUGGCUUCACCAGGGCAGAGUGUGGAAGGAAGAGGCUUUAAAAAAAAAAAAAAAAUCGCUGCA